AUGCUCCUCGUCAGUGUGCCUGUGCUCCUUCUGCUUUUGGUAGUCGGUAAAGAUGCGGCUGACCUCCCCGCGACAGACGCGUCGUUUCUCCCGGACCUGGAGCUGCGUAGCGGCGGACAACCCGGUCCGUCGCUACCCACUUCUCCGACCACCUCUCUAGACCGCUUCCAGGUUCAGCCCCGGGAGGAGUAUGCCUCGCCGGGUAUUGCCUUGGCCCGGUCCGCCGAGGAACCGUCCGCGACCACGGAGGACGGCGGCGAGUCGCACCGCCACGGCGGGGGGUUUCAGAUGGUGCAGUGGGAAUGGAGCUACGUUCAGACGCCUUACAUUAUCGCGAUAUGGAUCCUGGUGGCCAGCGUCGCGAAAAUCCUGUUCCACUUCUCCCAGCGGUUCACCACGGUGGUCCCAGAGAGCUGUAUGUUGAUCUUACUGGGCCUGGUACUGGGUGGCAUCGUACUGCUGACCAGUAAGAAACAGCUGUACCAGCUAGAGCCUGGCCUCUUCUUCCUCUUCCUCCUGCCAACCAUCGUAGGUGACGCCGGGUAUUUCAUGCCCGCGAGGCUCUUCUUUGACAAUCUGGGAGCCAUCUUACUGUAUGCUGUGGUGGGAACUCUCUGGAAUGCCUUCUGUACAGGCUUCUGCCUCUACGGGGUCAAACUGAUGGGGAUCAUAGACCAGAAGGUUCAGGCAGGUCUGAUGGAGUUCCUGUUGUUUGGAGCGCUGAUCUCUGCGGUGGACCCAGUGGCGGUGCUGGCCGUGUUCGAGGAGGUCCAAGUCAACGAGACCCUCUUCAUCAUCGUCUUCGGAGAGUCCCUGCUCAACGACGCCGUUACCGUG